AUGUCGAUUAAAGCAAUCCACCUCGAGGUUGUUAGUGAUCUGACGUCCUACGGUUUUCUCGCAUCACUUAGACGUUUCGUUGCUAGAAGGGGGCUGCCAGAACACAUUUACUCGGACAAUGGAACCAAUUUCAUAGGUGCGAAUAAUCAAUUGAAGGAAAUGUACGCGUUGUUCAAUUCCGAAAAGCACAAAGACCACAUUAACAAAUUUGCUAGCGAACACCGCAUCGUUUGGCACUUCAUACCUCCGAUAGCUCCACACUUUGGUGGAUUGUGGGAGUCAACGGUGAAGCUUUUCAAGCAUCAUUUCAAACGCGUGGUAGGAGAUUCUUUAUUCACUUUCGAGGAAUUGAACACGUUUGUUAUCGAAGUUGAGGGUAUUCUAAACUCCAGGCCGAUCACUUCCUUAUCAUCUGAUCCGAAUGACAUGAUGGUGUUAACACCCGCUCAUUAUUUAAUUGGCAAGCCAUUAACGACCCUCCCGGAGGGAGAUUUAUUAUGUGUUCCAGUUAACCGGUUGUCUACCUGGCAACAUAUAUCGAAG